UGUGGGAUGGACUUAAUCAGUUUCACUUCUCGUUUUAUUCAAUGGUGCCUACAUAUAUAUUAGGUGAGAGAACCUCACCUAAUUCAAUUUUCCUUGUCAAAAAAUAUCUACUUAGGCCUGAAUCCUAAAAUCUCCCAGAUGAUCCGUUUACAGUGAACCAUGGAACAAAACCAGUGCCAUAUUCCGGUGUGUGAUGAAGAGAGCCUGGUUAGGUGGGAGGUGAUUGGCUCUGGGGGGUUCGGACAGAUCUUUAAAGCCAGGCAUGUUCGCUGGGCUUGGGACGUUGCCAUUAAGAUCCUCCACUAUGACGACGGGUCGAGCUCAGCCCUGCGGCGGGAGGCAGAGCUGAUGCGUCGGGGGGAGAGCCCCUUCGUGGUGAGGGUUUCCGGGGUCUUCCAGGGCCGGCUGCCCUCCGGCGGACCCUCCAUCCUGGGCCUGGUCAUGGACUACAUGGAGCAGGGCUCCCUUGCAGACCUCCAGGGCGUCCUGCGUGGGCCCCCGCCCUGGCCUUUGGCCUUCAGGCUCUCUUACCAAGUGGCCCUUGGCAUGAACUUCCUCCACACCCUCUCUCCUCCGAUGCUCCACAUGGACCUGAAGCCCAGCAACGUGCUGCUGGACUCUGGCCUGAACGUCAAGCUGACGGACUUCGGUCUGGCAAGGAUCUCACAAAGCAUGAGUCGGAAGUCCAAGGUGGGCAGCGCGGAGGACGGCGGGACCACCAGCUACAUGCCCCCCGAGGCCUUCGGGAGGGACUACAGGCCCUCUCGCUCCUCGGACAUGUACAGCUAUGGAAUCCUGCUGUGGUCCAUUCUGACGGGUCAAAAGCCAUACAAACAUGUCAUCUCCAGCCUCGUGCGUUUCCGGGUCCCAGAAGGGGACCGCCCCCCCCUGGAGAGUAUCGACCCAGGCCAGACUGAGGGUCUGAGGCCGCUGGUGGACAUGAUGGCCUGGUGCUGGGACAGUGUACCCCAACAAAGGCCAUCCUUCCUGGACUGCAUUUCUGUGACUGAGCAGCAGUAUGACCUUCAUAAGUCUGGCAUCACCAGUGCCAUCCACUCCACGCAGGCCCUACUGGACACAAAUAGAGAAGAACGAAAGAUCUCGGAUGGACUCACAGAGCUUCACAUAACCCAGCCAUCAUCAGCCAUAAAUGUGCGAAUGGACGACAUAACAGGCCCUCCACCAGUUCAGGAGACGGCUGAUGAUCUAACCAGGAAGAAGUGUGGCACAGAAAAGCCCUCAUCUCAGCCAAUGAGCUUCUCUGAAACCAAACUUAUCAGUACAUCAACCAAUACGGAGUCAGGGUCCUCUUUGAACCUCAACCACGCUCCGAAUCCACAACCGGAAGCCACAGCUAGACCUACCGCACCAGGGUCACCGUACCAGCGCCAGUUCUCCAAUCCCGAGCAGCGACCCCUAUCCAUCAAAAACAGCCACGUGAGUUUUUUUCAGAGAGGCGACGGUAACUACAUGCACAUCAGCGACGAGUUAGCAGAGAGGAGGCGGCACCCAACAGCACCCCCGAGGUUCAACAGCACACGUCCCAACUCAAAAGGCCACGGAGCACCCACAGGAGAACACUGACUCUGGAUCACCUGGGAUGAUCUUUACCUUUCCCCGCCACUGAAACUCAUAUUUUGCCAGAAAAAAAGUUCUAUUCGUUUUUUUAUACUAACUGCAGCAUAUUAUUUGCAUUUCAUUCAAUUCAAUGGACUGGAUUCACUCUUCAUGUUUUACGAUUUUCUUGCAAUCAUCUCUAAUAAACCUUUGAUUAAAAGAAAAAAGCCUUACACAAGCUGAACAUUAUGAUAUAGGGUUAAUUGUAAAUCGAACAUCAACUUGUUUUUAUCAGGCUGGUUCCCGGAAAAUGCUAAAAUCUUUCCUGUUAAAAGUAAAUUCAUGGUUUUCUAAUGAUCUGUUAUUUUUCAGGCUAAAUUAAUGACUUUGCUGUAAUUGUCUAUCUGCCUAUCUGUGAGGCCUUUAUGAUUAUUUUGUUUUCUUGUGUUCUUGUGUGUUUGUUCAUUUUGGGAAGUAAGUCUAAAAUAAACCGAGUCUAAAAUAAACCGCUCUAAAUAGCUUAGAAGAUUCUGUCACACACUCAGGGCCAUUGAGCCAGAUCAGUGUGGACAGACUGUGUUGGUCGAGCCCCAGGGUAGUAGAGAGAGCUACCAUGGCACCCUGGAGCGACCAGGGUUCACUCGGCAUCAGUUCCCACUCUGCCCCCUCGCUCACCCACGAUCCAUCUGUCACUGGAGCCCCCCGCAGAGUCACGUCCCAUGAAGCACCAGGACACGCUACGGCAACAGGAAGCUCUGUGUGUGUGGUAAAGGGUCAGCUCUCUGUGGUAUCUAAUGGGGAACGUAAACAAGCAUAAGCUAACAUGGUGGUUGGAGUUCGGAGACGGUAUCAUAUAGGUGUACCUUACGUUUAGGUGGGGUUGUUUUAGGGCAGUACUGGGUGUGUAUGUCUGAGGGGGCCUUUUGUGUGAUGUAUCUGUGAGUCAAUUGCGCGGAGUCAAGGUCUUUCUGUUCUCCAAGCAGCGGGGCGCUUGUUAUUUGUAGAAUGAACAGCUGUCACCAUGGAGACGGACUGGUUCAGAGGCCGAUGUAUAAAUACUGGAAUUGAUUGAU